GUGUUUGCCCUGGAAUGUCAGUUUGUAGAAUAUAUCAUAACAGCUGAUUUUUUUUUUGUUUUGAUAAGUUUAUUUGUUUAUUAUUAAACACGGACAACUUGUUAUAAAGUAUACACUUAAUUAAAUCUAUUUUAAAGACUUAUACUCAUAUUCUUUUGAACACUUAUAAAAAUGAUUUUUCGGUACGGGUUGAGAUGUGUUGAAAAUAAAUAUAAAAAUAUUGUAUCAACAUGCAUACUAAGGUGCAAUCAUUUCAGUGGCAUAAGUUAUGUGCAGGGCCAAGAACCUGAACCAAAAAUACGUGAAUAUUUCUAUUAUAUAGAUCACGAAGGCAUGCUUUUUUUAGACGAUGCCAAAAUGAAAAACUUCACCUCUUGCUUUAAAGAAAAGCAAUUCUUGAAAUUUUUCUUUAGUCGAGUAAAACUGAAUGACACGAAAAGAUAUCGUGAACAUUUUCCGUAUCUAUCCUUAUGUGGACGUGAACGUAAUUUCAUACGCUGUGAUGAUACACCAAUUGUAUUCACACAUGUGUUAGCAGACGAUAAGGGUUGUGAUCGUUUGUCAUACGCUCAUGCCGCAGACCAGCUAACCACUGAAUUUUUACCUCAAAAUAUUUAUAUGAACCCCAAAACAGGUCGCGUUUACCAUCCUGCAUGGUCUAAAGUGGGUGGCAUUGGUUUGAUACGUUCGAAGUUAGCUAUAGAGCUAAGUCGUAAUUUUGAAUUCGUUAGCGGAGAACAAGAACCGCCUACACAUUUCACGUGGCGUGGUAAGCGUUUGGAAUUGGAAAAUAAUUGGGUAGGACAUACUCAACGCCUUGGAAUAUUUGAAAAAGAAGAGUGUAAUUGAUACUGUGAUAAAGUUAAGGAAUAUUUUUUAUUGUUUUGUUAAAUAACUAAAAGUUAUAUUAUAUUAUUGCUAACUACUGAUUAUAUCUUUAAUGAAUACUUAAUAUUUUAAUAUCUUUA